AUGGAAUAUCUUCAGCUACAAGGAAUCAGUAUCACUGCGUCGCCAGCCGAACCUGAAGAAAAGGUUCGAACGAUGGUCGAGAACAAGUUGAAUACUGAUCGUGGGGCCCGUGUUGGCCGCCAAUCCUUCUCCUCUACCCAACAACUCGACGAUUACGUGGAGGUUAUCAUGGGUCUAGAUCGAGACGAUAUUUUGGAAUCCUUGGAGUUGGAGGAAGAUUCCCCAAUGGUUUCUCCUGAGUGGAGACAGGAUGAAGCCAAACCGGAUCUUCAAUCGCUUUCUUCCGACUCUUCUUCCAUGGCUUUUUUGCAGGAAAACCCUCGACGCCAAAGUCUACCAAAGCUGACUCCGACGAAGCCAGCCAAGACUCUCCCAAAGAGCUGA